UGCGUUUUCUCUCCCGGGAGGGCGGAGUCUGACCCGGCAUCUGGUCAGGCCCUCGGCGCCAACGGCAGGAUCCUCCUGAUGGGAUUGCAGUGAUUAUUUGGGUCUUUGACGCUCAUGUGAUGUUUGUUUCUGGCUCCAAUCGCUCUGGCAGCGGCCUGGAUUUAAACGGGGAAGACCUACAUAGUGGGGAUUAUUCCUGGUCUCUCUCUCUCUCUCUGUCUCUUUAUCUAUCUAUCUCUGAUUCCGACACUAUUUAUCAGCAUCCCUUGCUUUGCCUCUCAUUUCGGCUCCCGGACUCACAGGCAUGAGCACAGCAGGCAUCCAUCGAGGCUUCCUCAGGAAGUACGGGGGCUUCGUGUUCAAGCAGUGGAAGGAGAAGUUCCUGGUGCUGACCAUGGAGGGGAGCCUGCUGGUGUGCCGGGACGCCGAGUCCCCCCCCGACCAGGUGGUGGCGCUCCAGAGCGACUGCGAGCUGGUGGUGGAGGGCCGCGAGAUCCUGGACCUGCCCCGGCUGCCCGCGGGGGGGCGGAGGGACUGCUGCCUGGCCCUCAUCCUGCGCCAGAACAAGUUCCUGCUGCUGCUCUCAGACAACCCCGACGACUGCAGUGUUUGGCUGAAGCUGAUCAGGAAAGUGAGAGAGGGCGUCAUGUCCCCUCAGAGCCUCCAGAGGCAGCGCAGCAUCGCCCCCUGCAUCACGGACAGAGACCCGCUGCCCGACUCCAGCAGCGACAGGGACCCCGGCUCGCCCCGGGUCGGGGAGGGCACCCCCCCGCCCGCCCGGGUCCCCGACAGAGGGGGGUCCUUCAGAGACAGGAGCCUGCAGCAAGCCAGCGGUCAGCGGCGGCCUCGGCGCAGCGUCUCGGUGGCGCCGCCCCACCGCGUGUCGGACUGCCUUCGCCACGGCAACAGCAGCGACGCCCGGGCGGUGCGGGCGGUCUGCCUGCUGAUGGGGGGGGCGGCGGCCUCCUCCGCCCUGGGCUACCUCAGCUCCUGCUCGCCGGCCUCGCCGCUGGCCGCCCGGGCCUCAGAGAUGGCCGCCCACAGCGCCGGGGGGGGGGGCUUCUCGGAGCUGCCCGGGGGGGGGUCCUUCCACGCCUGCAGCCAGGACGCCGACAUGCCCCACUUCAACAGCUUCGACUUCGAAGGAGACUCCGACUUCGACGCGUUUGACUGCGGAGGAUUCGCCUUUUAA